CUAUCUAAAAAAUCAAAAUAAUUUAGGUUUCUUUAAAAUUUGCCCUCUCUACUGAAACCCUUUUUGAUGAUGAUGAUGAUGUUCAUCAGCUGACUCUCUUAAUGUCCACCAUCAUUUUUCUCAUCUGUCACCUCCUUUUUCUUUCUAAAUUACCAAAUUAAACCCCCCACUUACACAUUCAUUCAAUCAUACCCCUCUCUGAUCUCCAAUUUUUCUAUCUUUUUAUCCGAAUUACACAUCAAAAAGAAAAAAAUUAAUCAAUCCCCAUGAAAGAACAAUACCCUCUUGGUUGAAAUCUUGAAUACCCAUCUGGGUAUUAAUUAUUAAACGCCUCGGUUUCGGGAAAAAAAUAAAGAUUGGAAUUUUAAUUUUUUUUUUAUGAAUGGAGAUAGAUAGCCCUGAAAGUGUAGCGUCGUCAGAUUUGAUAGAUGAGGAUGAGAUCCGUCACCAUAUCCAUCAAUACCCUUCAGUUCCGAAGGCGCAAAUUAAUAGUAAUAGCGCCAAUGGUAACAGUUUGUCCCCGGCAAUUCAGUCUAUCAGUGUUCAUGAGCUCCUUGAAUGCCCUGUUUGUACCAAUUCUAUGUACCCUCCAAUUCAUCAGUGCCAUAAUGGACAUACACUCUGUUCAACAUGUAAGACAAGGGUCCAUAACCGUUGUCCCACUUGUAGGCAAGAGCUUGGUGAUAUUAGAUGUCUAGCAUUGGAAAAAGUGGCUGAAUCACUUGAACUGCCGUGCAAGUACACAUCACUUGGAUGCCCAGAGAUCUUUCCUUACUACAGUAAACUUAAACACGAGGCCCUAUGUAACUUCAGGCCAUAUACCUGUCCGUAUGCUGGAUCUGAGUGUGUUGUUGUUGGGGACAUUCCUUUCCUUGUUGCUCAUCUGAGAGACGACCACAAAGUAGAUAUGCAUUCUGGAUGCACAUUCAACCAUCGUUAUGUAAAGUCUAAUCCACGUGAAGUAGAAAACGCAACAUGGAUGUUAACUGUGUUCCACUGUUUCGGCCAGUACUUCUGUCUGCAUUUCGAAGCAUUCCAACUAGGAAUGGCACCUGUUUAUAUGGCAUUUCUUCGUUUCAUGGGGGACGAGACGGAAGCCCGUAACUACAGUUACAGCCUGGAGGUUGGGGGAUAUGGCCGAAAACUCAUUUGGGAAGGGACCCCACGAAGUGUUAGAGAUAGCCACAGGAAGGUUAGGGAUAGCCAUGAUGGCCUCAUUAUACAGAGGAACAUGGCCCUUUUCUUCUCCGGAGGUGAUAGGAAAGAGCUAAAGCUUCGAGUUACAGGACGAAUAUGGAAAGAACAGCAAAAUCAAGAAGGCGGGGCUUGCAUACCCAAUCUCUGCAGUUAGAUUCUUGCGUCUUUUGUAAUAUUAGUAUUUGAGCAUCCGUAUGUAUGCAUUUUGAAGGCUUAUGCUUUAUAAAUUGUCAAUAAACUACUCAAAGAAGUUACUUCUGCAACUGUGUUGUGAAUUCACCAUUUUAAAAGCUGCGCCAUUCAUUCUUGUGUGCUUCA